GGCCAGGACGCGUCCAAGCCCAUUCUGCUUGGUUUCAACGGGCAUGUUUAUGAUGUCACCACAGGGAAGGGUUUCUACGGCCCCGGCGGCGCGUACAGCCUGUUUGCGGGCCAUGACUGCACGCGCAGUCUGGCGCUUGGAUCGCUUGACCCCAACGACCUGCCAGGUGAGACCGACCCGUUCCAGACCACUUCCACAGUGGACGCAGAGCUGGUGGCAGGGAUUGAGUCGUGGGAGAAGCGGCUCAAGGCCAAGUACCCGGUGGUCGGACAACUGGUCAACGUGUAA